AAAAAAACAGAUGAAAGAUUUCCAUGAGUGUUGAUUGUUCCCUUUGCUCUCCUGCCAAAAACUUUUCCUCUUCCACUAUAUGUCCCUCUGUCUCUCUCUCUUUGCUUUCCUCUUUCUCUACUUUUCCUUAACCCUUAAGUCUUCUUUGUCUCUCUGUCUCUCUCUCUCUCUCUUCAUCUCCUUCCUCUUCAUAUUUUUCCAAGCGCUAGAGGUCAAGAAAAGACUCAUCAUCGGGCACUGCAAAUUCAUCCCUUCAAUGGCUGAUGCAGACACUUGCACCAAGAAACAUGGCCUGAUCUCAGAGCAAAACCCAGCAAGGACAAGUAAGUUCUUCACUCACUUCCUGUACAAAGCCCUCAUAGUCGUAGUCUUCCUUGUGAUCCUCCCACUAUUCCCUUCGCAAGCCCCUGAGUUCAUAAACCAGACCGUGCCCAACAGAAGCUGGGAGCUUCUGCACAUUGUGUUUGUGGGCAUUGCGGUUUCUUACGGCCUCUUUAGCAGGAGAUCGAACGAUGAGGCUGAGAAAGAAAAUGGUCCCUCUAAAUUUGAUAGUGCGCAGUCCUAUGUGUCUAGGUUCCUUCAUGUGUCCUCUGUUUUUGAUGACGAAGCUGAUAGCCCGUCUGGGUCUGAUGAGAACAGAGUCCAGACUUGGAGCAGUCAGUAUUUUAGGAAUGAGCCGAUGGUGGUUGUGGCUCCAGAAAGCACUUCUGUUGAUGAGCAGAUAAGUAAGAGUUCCAGAAUCGGCGAAAAGCCGUUGCUCUUGCCCGUUCGGAGCUUAAAGUCGCGGGUCUCAGACGAUUCUAGGGAUGCUGCUGAUGAGCCUAGUGGCAUGUCUAACUCGUUCAGUAGGUCUAGUUCCAAUUUUGGCUCGAAGAGGGUUUCGAAGAGCUCGAUCAAGAAGAGGAAUGGGCCACUUGUGGAUCUGGAUCUCAUCGAACCAGAGGAGAAUUUUAAGGAAAAUAACAUCGUCCUGCCGUCGCCGAUUCCAUGGCGAUCGAGAUCAGGACGUAUGGAAGUGAAGGAGGAUAUAGACAUUCCUUCGAUGGAGGAAUCCGAGACCAAUCUGCUUGAGGCUCGGUCCUUUAGGCCUCAAACAUCGCGGUCAUCUCGACCCAAUUCCGCUACUCCGUCCCCAAAGCUGUCGCCUUCGCCAUCCUUAUCUUCGCCGAGGAAAUUAUCUCCAUCUCCCUCUCCAUCCCCGGAGCCGCAAGCGAAAACUCUGGAGGAUUCUGUGAGGAGGAGGAGCUCUCACAAAUAUUCUUCUCCUCCAGUUCCUCCGCCACCCCCGCCACCACCUCCUAUGAAUUUCAAGUCAUGGUCCAUGAAACCGAACUCAAGUUCGAGUUCUCAGGUCAAUGGAAUUUCAUAUGAGAAGGACAUGAGAAGGAGCUUCUCGAGUGAGUACAAGGACACAAAUGGAAGCAACAGGGAAAUUCCAAUGAGGAAAGCCAAUCCGGGGUCCGAAGUGAAUUCAAGAGGGCUUGAUGAUGUUUUGUCGGUGGGAAACUUGAAGAGGACAAUAAGAGCCAGCGAAACGGUCUCAGGUACCUGGAAAGGAAGAGACACUGGGGACUAUUACCAGAACGAAGCAGCAGAAAUGGAAUUCGAAGAUGAUUUGGUGGACCCACCGAGAAGAAAGACCGUGGGAUUCAAUGAAACUUCGUUCGUGACUGAGAAAUGGACCCCCGAGAGCACACCACAGAAGCGGUAUUUCUCGGAAUUUCCAAAGGAAGGAAGGCCGGAAUUUCUUGAGAAGAUGAUUGUGGAAUCAGAUGAAGAUUCGGAGAGCGAGGAAGGUGCCUUCCAAGGAGCUUCGCACAAUGAUGAAGUUGAAGCUGAUUCGAGCGGCGUCAGCGAUGGAGGACCAGAUGUGGACAAGAAAGCCGAUGAGUUCAUAGCUAAAUUUAGGGAGCAGAUCAGGCUUCAGAGGAUUGAGUCGAUCAAGAAAUCGAGCGCGGCGAUCAGUAAGAACUCUUCUAGGUAGAUAUUAACUUGAGGACCCGUCCACUUGUCGAGGGGUAUAAUGCAAAGUAUUUCAAUAUCGUUCUCGGAUUUUCUUUCCUUUCUCUCUUUCCAACCUCAGUUUUAUGUUUGAAUUUGCUUAUAUGCUCUACUUCAAAGGCAUGACAGUGAUUUGAACUUAGUGUCCAGUGUAGAGAAAAGGAUGGUCAUGGAAUGGAAUUAUUUCCUUGUCACUGCCGGUUGCGUUA